UGUUACAGCGGGCGAUGUGACAGAGGAGCUGGUUUGCUUUGCAAAAUUAUCCCAAGGAUGGGAAGUUUAUUUGGGAAGAAGAAGAAACCAGAAUCAAGGGUGACAGAACAAGAUAAAGCUGUCUUGCAAUUGAAACAACAGAGAGAUAAGCUAAAACUGUAUCAGAAGAAAAUCAAUGCUCAGUUAGAAAAAGAUAGAGAAGUUGCCCGGCAGCUGCUGAAAGAUGGCAAAAAAGAGAAGGCCUUGCUAAUGCUGAGGAAAAAGAAAUUCCAGGAAAGCUUACUUGAGAAAACUGACAAUCAAUUGGAUAACAUAGAAAAGAUGGUUCAGGACAUCGAGUGCCAAAUAGAGUCCCAGGUUAUAGCUGGUCUGAAGACAGGAAAUGAAUCCCUGAAGAAGAUGCAUGAGCUAAUGUCGCUGGAAGACGUGGAGAAGAUCAUGGAUGAAACUCGGGAUGCUGUGGCUUACCAAGAGGAAAUUGAUGCUCUAUUGGCGGGAGGGCUGACACAGGAGGAUGAAGAUGAGGUCCUGGCUGAGCUGGAGGCUAUCACAAAGGUGGAGUUACCUAAUGUUCCAGAAGACAAUCUUGCAGAUGAAGAAUCAGAAAAACCAGUUACAGAAGCCAAAAGGGCAAAGACAAAGAGCCAUGCGAGAGAGGCCGUUCCUGCAUCAUGACAGUUGCAUCUGGUAUUUGACAUUUACAUGUUGGCAGGACUUACAUAGCUGGCAAGUCUGGCAGGAUAUUGUAACAGUUGUAAGGAAGUCACCCCACCAGCUGACCUUCAGACAAUAGUCUUCAACAAUUACAAAAAGAAAGUACCACAUUAACGGGCAUGCCAUUUACAUCAGGGUUUUUGUUUUUUCACAUUUCUAAGUCUGAGAAUGCUUUAUAUGCAAUCAGACUAUUUCUUACCUGUGUUUUCUCAUUAUUUAAUGAGCGCCUGUUUUAAUUAGAAAUCAAUACUGUCAGUGUAUAAAUUUCACGAAAAUAUAUUUUAAUUUGUAUUGUAUGAUAAUAGGAUAGAUAAAAAGUGCAUUCAACUGUUUAAUUCUCAAAUCAUGAGAUGUUCUGGUUCACAAAUGGAUCAAUCUCUGGUUCAAUUCUGAUUUGUAAUACUGGUUCAUGUAAUAUGUUUUACCUGUCUAUUACAUGUAUGAUUUAAUGAUAUAAAUGUCUAUUUAAAAAAAUAAUCCUCAGCCUGUGUAUUGCUUUUCCAUUAGUUAUUUAAAAUGCUUCAGUGGAGCAUCAAUUGGUGGGUACUUAUACAAUCAGUUUAUGCAUAUUUUCAGGUUUUUAGACAAUGAAAUCAGUUGUGUCAACAUACAUUACACUCACAUCAUGUACAUGUGGAAUAAAGUUUUUACUUUAUAAAACUAUGAAGAAGAGCUAUGUUGUGAAGAAUGUGUUUUAAAUGGAACUUUGGAUUACAACUGAAAUCAAAUCAACUGAAUGCAUCAGCUGCUGCACACAAAGUUUUUCACUUGUAUUUUUCAGCCCAGUUAAUUUGCUUUCUCUUUGACAAAAUUUCAUUUAUAUAGAAAUGUCCGGUAAUAAGGUGUCAGUAAAAAUGAAUGUACUUCAGUCAAGUCAAUAAUUAAUUUUUCUAUGAGUUUUAUGGGUGGAGGAGUGCCCAGGGUAAACCACUGAUUGUUGACAAGUUACCAAUCAACUUACCCACUAAUAUAUUGGUGGAAGACGAAUGGUUCUUUUCUUUUCAUCCAUAUGCUGGUUUAUACUAAACAUAGUAUAAGAAAGGCUCAAAAUAAUCCUUACCAGACAGCCAAUAUAAACAAUAUGUUUCAGCAACCUGUGAAUAUUGCGUAAAACACCAAUUAAAUAAAUAUAUACAAUACAAAUAAAACCAUCAGUAAUUAAUCUAAUUAUGUUGUAGAAAAAUGGCAUGGAUGAAACAUACAUAUCUCUUC